AUGAAUCUGGAAAAAACUACUGAUGAAGAAAAAGUCAACGUCUGUAGACUAUAUACCAAUCCGGUUGGAUUCUUGUUUCUACCAUUUGCAUGGGUAAUUAAUAUUGUAUGGUUUUAUAAAUAUGCUUUUACAACACCACCUUUCCAAGGCCAAGCCGAAAUUAAAAAGUAUGUUAUUAGGUCAGCUAUCGGAACUAUCAUCUUUCUGAUAGCGUUCAUCAUUUGGAAUGUUGAAUUUCAGCGAAAUCGUCAAAGUUGGGGAGCGAUUGGAGAUACCUUAUCUUUUGUCAUACCGAAAGGAGCGUAAUCCCAAUGGGUUAAUUUAUAAUUUUUCCUACUUAAUACAGCAAUUGAUUGAGUUACCAAAAUCGAAUUCUCAUUAUUUACGCAUAUCUAUGCUAGCGAUUUGCUGCAACCUUAUUUGUUAAUGUCGUAUCAACUACGUUACAGUAUAUAGUACAUGCAGCGAUCAAGGUAUAUUUCAUUAUUGCUGACUUAAAAAUGAUGGUCUGUUUGCCUACAAUAACGAUAUAACAACGAUAGAGCUGUAAAAAAAUUGACGAAUUUUAAUCGUUCCAUUUACUGAACGUACUAGUCUCUCUUUUCGACCACAAAGACUAUGCAUGAUGUUAUGUUAAAAUUGUUCUGCGUUGUUUCUAAUUUUAUUGUACAUAAAUUAUCCAUGUAUCGUUUAUCAAUAACUUGAUGUAUAUGAUCCGAAUACAAAAGAGUGAAUAUUAAAAAUUGAGCAAGCG